AUGCGACCAUGUGGAAGCUUACACUACGCCAAGCCGCCCAGCGAAGCGUCCCCACGCCGCUUGCUACCACUUAAGUAUGAAAUUGUUGAGGUCACAGUUGAAGGUAUCAAAGUUAAGGAAUUGCAAAAAAAGGGAACUCAACUUAGAUUUGUAUGCAGUGAAGAUGUGUUCGAUGUGAUCUUUGCUAUUCAUCGUGCAAGUGAACAUAGAGGUAGAACUAUUAUCUUUAGGGAAACAAGUGAAAAAUAUGCCAAUGUUUCAAGAUCCCAAAUUGAGUUAUAUUUACAGUUCUCUGAGGAGCUUCAUCUGAAAAAAGCACUAUACUCGUCUGUGACUGUGAACCCAACUGUACCGAACAGCAUGAACUCACGAGCUCAGGUCGACUUAAUCGAUAUGCAGAAGCAGCCAGAUGGAAAACAUCGUUUCAUUCUGAACUAUCAGGAUCACUUGACGAAGAUGGGGUGUCUUCGGGCUCUACAGACGAAAACUGCUGAAGAGGUUGCUUUCCACCUUGUUGAUAUAAUCUGUGACAAAGGAGCCCCCCAUAUCCUGCAGUCUGACAAUGGAAGAGAAUUCUCAAAUAGGCUUGGCAAGGAAGUUCUGAUGAUGUGGCCAGAGGGACUGCACUUUGUCCAGAGGAAGAAAAAUACCCGCUUUCACUCCGGAAUUGGAAGGACACCAUAUGAGGCUAUGUAUGGACAGAUGGCUCGUCUUGGUGUUGACGCAAGUCCUGGACCAAGUCCUGGACGUCUUGAACAAUAG